AUGGAUGAGGAUUAUUUCCAACAGUAUGUGCAAUCUCAGCCAGAUUGCGUCGAUGACACGCCCUGGCUUUCCGAGUUUCUCGCUGCCGAUGAAGCCACAGAGGAGUGGAUGAAUAGCUUCCCUUCGUUCUCACAAGAAUCGGCAGCUAGCAACGCGAACAACCUGUUCGAGUACGACGGACCCAACGAUCAAUCUCUGAAUAACAACAAGACCUGCACGCCAAAUCCAGAGCUUGUAUCUGAUCUGGCAGCACCACUAUCGGCACUCUUGCAGCAAGUUCAGCAGGAGCGCACUCUGGAAUCUGUGCAACAACAAAAGUCACUCCCAAGGAAACGAAGCACGUACUUCAAGCGUAGUUCAGGGAAGUCAUCAAGUCCAAUACCCAUCAUGACACCUGAGAGAAUUCACAUCGAAACACAAUCACUCGCGAUGCAACGAUGGCAAGAUUCCCCGCCGCAAAACGAGGGUGCUUCUUUGUCUGCCAUAUGCUCCGCUCUGGAAAACCCCACAACGAACGGAACCCCGAACAGUCUGUGGGCACCGAACUUCGACGCUUUCCGCACAUACCGCACGCCCCCUUCCCUUACCAGUGUUGCCAGUAGCGUGUCCUCCCGGCACUCAGGUGGCUCAAGCCGUUCAGCAGCAUCCGGAACAUCGAAGCAUUCUCGUGUUUCGAAAAAGACGAGAAAGCCAAAAGUCUCUCGAAAAGAGACCGAUCCGGAAGAUCGCAUUUUCAAGUGCACGUUUUGCUGCGACUCCUUCAAGCACAAGUACGACUGGGCGCGACAUGAGCAAUCACUCCACCUGAGCACGACAGGAUGGCAGUGUGCCCCUCACGGAGGUUCAGUCGUGCUUUCAACCGGAAGGGCUCAUUGUGCCUACUGUAGUGCACUGGAUCCAACCACGGAACAUCUUGCACAGCACAAUCACGACGCCUGCCACGGCAACCACGAGACAAAACGGUCAUUUCGGCGCAAAGAUCACCUUGUUCAACAUCUUCGCCUAUUCCAUGGUAUUGAAACGCUCCCGCUUGUAGAGGAUUGGAGGGUCGAUCUGCCCUCAAUAGCUUCGCGUUGUGGUUUCUGCAACGCAAACUUAAAUAGCUGGGACGAGCGUGUCACUCAUUUGGCUGCCCACUAUCGCCAAGGCAAGACAAUGGCUGACUGGAAGGGAGACCAUGGGUUUGACGCUGCUACUGCAGCUCGCGUUGCGAAUGCGUUGCCACCAUAUCUCCUCGCAGACGACUCGAGGAGCCUUGUUCCGUUUUCCGCAACAGAUCCAGCGUCCAAGGACCAUUUCAACCAGAUGACCUCUCGUCUCAACCAAGAGGGUUUGCUUUCACCAAAGUUACAAUUUUACACUGGAUCAAAUGCUACAUUGCUUCCGAAACUGGUGGAAGAUGAUACAGUCAUGUUUGCAGAGGUUUUGGCUCAGCAUCUGAGUCAGUUCGCGCGACACAACAUUUUGUUGGGAGUCAUGCCGACAGACGAGAUGUUUCAACGAGAAGCAAGGCGGGUCGCUUUCGGCGACGAAGACGGCUGGAAUCAAACUUUGGCAGACAAUCAAGAGUGGCUUAAAAGCUUUCGGAGGCAGGAAGACUGGAUGAACCAAGCGGCACAGUUGACCCUUGAUUGA